AAUCGUACAAAGUGUGUGACGGGUGCGAGCCUAUUGUUGUGUGUGUGCGUACAAUUCUGAGCUGACAGUUUCUAAUUUUGACAUUUUGCAAAGCGGCUUCUUUAUUACUGGCAAAAAAAAAAUGUAUAACGAAAUCACUAAUGGCUGUCAAAUGUGAAACAAGCUUUCGUUUUUGUUGUUUUCUUUUUCGUUUGCACAACAAAUUAAUCAACACACAUUCACUCGAAUUCACAUUUUAAGUAAAAUAUUGAAACGAACCAAGACAGUACCAUCAAUCAACAGAAAGUAUUCAGGUUUACUCGUUGUAAAUAUUGAAAUUGUUUUUGCUUCAAAUUGAACAAAAUAAAAUAAAAUCAAAUACAAAGUACUUUUUCACAACAAAAUAAUACCCCAAAAACGGAACGAUAAAUUAAUUUGCAACCGAUUUCGGUGUUUGGUUGAAAGAUGCUAAAGGGAAAAGACACAGUUUCGUUUGAGGAUCAUUGGCCAUCAUUGCGACCGACCGUAUUGAAGCUGCUAAAACAGGAAUCGGUGUCAAAGGCAGAAUGGCAAGAUUUAUUCUAUGGAGUACAUUUGAUCUGCCUUUGGGUUGACAAAGGUGGUUCGAAGAUAUACGAUAGUCUACAAGAGGACAUAUCAGCGUAUAUAAAACAGGCACAGGUCAAUAUAAUGGCACAGCGUGAGGAGCAAGCACUGAUAAAUGCAUACAUUAUUGAAUGGCGAAAGUUUUUUACGCAAAGUAACUAUUUGCCGUCGCCAUUUCGUCAGUUGGAGCUGAGUAAACAACAGAUAUCGUCAAAUAAUAAUCAAGGUCCAAGUAAUAGCUCAAAUUCAACAGUUACAUCGGGUGUGGCCGCAUCAUCAUCAUCGGCAAACAGUACGAAUAGCACGAGUGGAGGUGGCGGUGGUAGUGGCAGUAGUUCAUCGCAAAAGAAUUCGUCACACGGUGAAACGCUGGUGCGUGAACUAAUGCUAAAUCUCUGGAAUGAUGGCAUUUUCAAAGACAUCACCUAUCGCUUACAAGAAUCCGCAAUGAAACUAGUUCAAGCGGAACGAAUCGGUGAUGCAUUCGAUUCACAACUUGUGAUUGGUGUACGUGAUAGUUACGUUAAUUUAUGCUCAAACCAAGAAGACCGACUGAUGAUUUAUCGAGAGAAUUUUGAAUCAGCUUAUAUUAAAACAACCGCAGACUUUUAUCGUUUGAAAGCCCAUGAACAGUUGCAGGCGCAUGGGGUGCAAGCGUUCAUGCGUUAUGCAGAUACAAAAUUGCGCGAAGAAGAAGCCAGAGCGCAGCGAUACUUGGAGCCAAGCAGUUUUGAUGGAUUGAAAUCAGCAUGUGUAUCGGUAUUGGUAAAAGAUCCACUGCCAACACUCUUAGCCGAAUGUACACCGCUGAUCAAAUCGGGCGACACCGAACGGCUACAACUUAUGUUUCGUCUGUUGGACCGCGUUACUGAUGGCGUCGAACCGAUGCUCAAUGAUUUAGAGAAUCACAUCGUUUCUGAUGGGUUACAAGAUAUGGUGUCGGCCGCUGACAUCAUCACAAAUGAUUCGGAAAAGUAUGUGGAACGUUUGCUUGAGUUGUUCCGUCGUUAUAGUGACUUAGUAAAAGAUGCAUUUAAUAAUGAUCCACGGUUUUUGACUGCCCGAGACAAGGCAUUCAAGACGGUGGUCAAUGAUACCACUGUGUUUAAGCUCGAAUUACCGUCAUCCGUUGUGGCGCGGUCGAAUAAAUCCACCACACCCGAAAGCAAGUGCCCCGAAUUGCUGGCAAACUAUUGCGAUAUGCUGCUGCGAAAGACGGCGCUCAGCAAACGAUUGACCAAUGAACAAAUUGAAAGCAGACUUAAGGACGUGUUACUUGUGUUAAAAUACGUGAACAACAAAGACGUGUUCAUGCUGUAUCACAAAGCGCAUUUAACUCGACGUUUGAUUCUGGAUUCAAGUGCCGAUAGUGAAAAGGAGGAGAAUAUGGUCGAAUGGUUGCGUGAGGUGGGCAUGCCGGCUGAUUAUGUAAAUAAAUUAGCGCGAAUGUUUCAAGAUAUCAAGGUUAGCGUUGAUCUCAAUGCUCGAUUCCAUGCGUCGACGGCUCGUCACGAUGCGAUCAACAUAAAAAUCCUGAAUGCCGGCGCCUGGGCACAAUGCACCGAACGGGUUUCGGUUAGUUUGCCGCUCGAGCUCGAAGACUACAUUCCCGAGGUGGAAGAUUUUUACAAACGGCAACAUGCCGGCCGUAAAUUGCAGUGGUAUCAUCACAUGAGCAACGGGACCAUUACGUUCACCAAUGAAAUGGGUCGCUUCGAUUUGGAUGUCACAACAUUUCAAAUGGCCGUAUUAUUUGCAUGGAAUCAGCGACCGGAUGAAAAAAUCUCAUAUGAAAAUCUACGCUUAGCUACCGAAUUACCCGAUCCCGAAUUGCGGCGCACCCUUUGGUCACUAGCCGCAUUCCCCAAACUUAAGAAGCAAGUCAUUUUGAUGGAGCCCGUUGCACAGCAACCGAAAGACUUCGCAGAAAAUACUCAAUUUCGUAUUAACGAAGAAUUUGUCAUUGUGAAGAAUGGCAAAAUUCAGCGUCGCGGCAAAAUUAACUUAAUCGGUCGUCUACAGUUGAGCACUGAACGAUCACAGCAAGAAGAUAACCAGUCCAUCGUUCAGUUGCGUAUCCUGCGAACACAGGAGGCAAUCAUUCGCAUCAUGAAAAUGCGCAAAAAAUUAAACAACUCAACACUUCAAGUGGAGCUUAUCGAUAUUUUAAAAAACAUGUUUUUGCCAUCAAAGAAAAUGAUUAAAGAACAGUUGGAAUGGUUGAUCGAACACAAGUAUAUGCGUCGCGAUGAUGACGAUAUCAACACAUUCAUUUACGUAGCUUGAAAUUGUAAAUUUCUGUUGCAUCCAUUUUUUUUUUCUUUUGCUCUUGUUUUCGGAAUUUUUUUUCUUCCUUUCCCACUUUCUUUUAAUUGAACUAAAAGAAGCUGUUAAAUUCAUUGUUUUCACUUAUUAUUUUGCUCUCUUUAAAAAGAAAAUUUAAUUGGCGCUCGCAAUUCCAUAGGUUUUAUUACUAUUUUUUUUUUCUCUUUUUUUAGAAAAAAAAAAUUUAAUGAAAUAAGAGAGAUUUGUUCCUGUGAAAGAAUAUGUUACGAUCAAACCAUUUUAAAGUGGAAUGUUUUUAAGAUAUUGCACAUAACAAUUGUAUAAAAUGACGAAUAAAUCAGAGGUUCGAUACCUAGCUAUAAAAAAAAGCGGAAUAAAA